AUGCAAUACAAAUCCACCGUUUUGGCCGCUGCUGCGCUUGCCACCUCUGCCUCUGCCGCCGUUACCGCUUCCGAGCCAUGGAGCACUUUGACUCCUACCGCUACCUACACUGGUGCUCUUACUGGCUACAGUGAGACUUUCGGUAUCGCUGUAAAGCCAGUCACCUCAUCUGUCUCGACUUUGAGCGCUGCCACUGCCUCUGACCACGCCAAGAGAGAUGUGAUCUCCCAGAUCGGUGACGGCCAAAUCCAAGCUACCACCUCCACUGCUUCCACCAAGUCUACCGCUGCCGCGAUCUCCCAGAUCGGUGACGGUCAGAUCCAGGCCACUACCUCCACCGCGUCUCCUAAAUCCACCGCUGCCGCCAUUUCUCAAAUCGGUGACGGCCAAAUCCAAGCUACCACCUCCACUGCUUCCACGAAGUCUACCGCUGCCGCUAUCUCCCAGAUCGGUGACGGCCAAAUCCAAGCCACCACCUCCACUGCCUCUACCAAGUCUACCGCUGCCGCUAUCUCCCAGAUCGGUGACGGCCAAAUCCAGGCUACCACCUCCACUGCCUCUGCUAAGUCCUCUGCUGCCGCCAUUUCUCAAAUCGGCGACGGUCAAAUCCAAGCUACCACCACUACUCUAAAGCCUUCUUCUGCUGCUGCCAUCUCUCAGAUCGGUGACGGUCAGAUCCAGGCCACUUCUUCCUCGAGCAACACCACUGUGAGCGCUGCUUCUCAAAUCUCUGACGGUCAGAUCCAGGCCUCCUCCACCUCCGCUUCCAUCUCCCCAGCUUCCACCUCUGACGCCUCUUCUUUCGUCUCUGCUGUCUCCUGCAAGGCCGACGGUUCUCUAGCCAUGACCUUGGAAAACGGUAUGUUGAAAGACGCUAAGGGAAGAAUCGGCUCCAUCGUCGCCAACAGACAAUUCCAAUUCGACGGUCCUCCUCCACAAGCUGGUGCCAUCUACGCUGCUGGCUGGGCCAUUACCCCAGAGGGUAACUUGGCCAUCGGUGAACACGACGUUUUCUACCAAUGUUUGUCGGGCAACUUCUACAACUUGUACGACGAGUCCAUUGGUGCCCAAUGCUCUCCUGUCCACCUGGAAGUCAUUGAGCUAAUCGACUGUUAA